AUGUCAACUUCAUCUGUCCGCCUGAUGAAAGAACGAGGUGGUGGCGGAGGCAAAGUCACCGCAGCGGCACCGCCGAUGCCGACGUCAGCAAAGCCUUCAAAAACCUCAACCCCAGUCUCGCAGAAAUCGACCUGUAUCGGCGGGAAGGAAAACCCCAGACCCACAUCCAGGGUUCGGGCGGCGACGUCGACGGUGGUGACAUCAUAUCAGAAGCCAAUUAUUCCACCGAUGCCACGGAUCGACAAGGACAGGAAUGCUGGAUGUGAAAAUGUAGAGUCACGUGUCAGAAAGUCGACGUCGUCAGUGCUGAGAGGUAGGAGCUCUAGCCCUUCUGAAUUCACAAGGGUUUUAUCUGAUUUGAGAAAGAAAAAUACUAGUAGUUUGUCUAGGGUUUCGUCUGUGGAUCGUCGUGGUGAAAAGGGUGCGUUUUUUAGUGGUGUUUCUGUAAAAGAUGUGUACAAAAAAGGAAAUUUGAAGCAUUUGACUGUAAAUGGAACUGAAAAAUGUGAGAAUGGGAUUAGGGUUUUGAACGGUUCGGAGAAAAGCAGUGAAAUUCAUAACGAAGUGGAGUCAAACCGUAGAGAAAAUGGGAGUUCAAGGGUUGAUGCUUUGGGGGAAAUUGUGGAAAAGAAGGGGGAUUUUGGGUGUUUGAAUGCGAAAGUGAAUGCAAAAUGUGAAAAGAGGGUUAGAGUAAUUGAGGCAUUGAAAGAUUCAAGGAAAUGUGUAGAGGGUUUGGAGGAAAGCAGCGAAAUUCUUAAGGACGUCAUAGUGAAGCCUCAAGAAAAUGGACAAUUUGGGGUUAAGAUGUUAGAGGAUUGUACAAAAGAAGUAAAUUUAAGCACACAACUGAAUAAGUCAUGCUUAGACAGUGUUCAUGAUAAGUCUAAUUUGGAAAAUGAUGUGAAGAUUUUGGAUAAUGUUCGGGUUUUCAAAGAAUUGAAGGGAAAAUUUUCCAUGGAAAAGCGUGAGAAUGGUGGUGAUUUGGGUUUGAAAGAUUCUGGUGGGAAAUUGUUGAAUGGAUUGAGGGAUUCAGAGGUUUUGAAAGAGAAGGGCAUUAACAAGUACCCAAGUAAGCUUCAUGAAAAACUUGCAUUUUUGGAAGGAAAAGUUAAGAGGAUUGCAACAGAUAUCAAAAGGACUAAGGAGAUGUUAGAUAUGAAUAAUCCGGAUGCAUCAAAAGUGAUACUAACAGACAUUCAAGAGAAGAUUUCGGGGAUUGAAAAGGUGAUGGGGCAUGUUGUGAAUGGUGCUGAUGGGAACAUGGGUUUUGCCAAAGCUUAUGGAAAUGAUGAUCGAGAGGUUAAAACAUCACAGAAGAGCCAAGAUAAACAAGUAAAUCAAGGGAAAACUUCGGUUAAGGGAUUGAACACCGAUGAAUUAGAAGCAAGAUUCUUUCCUCAUCACAAGUUACUUCGAGACCGGACAUCAUUGAAACCGUCAUUAGGAAGCUCUCAAGCUGAAGACAAAUUUGUUGAAUUCAGUAGUGAAUUGGAAGUAGAGGAAAAGUCAUUGAGUCCCAUCGAUGAGAACUCUAUUGCGUUAGAGUUCUUGGCUUCUCUGAAUAAGGAGAAAUCCAAGGUUACCUCGAGGGUUGGGGAUGUUGGUGCAGAGUUUUGUAAAGUUUCGGAAAUGAAUGAUGCUGUGAUUUUAGCAGCAGAAGAUUCUUCUUCAAAUGUGUUCAAUGGAAUAGGUCCUGUUGAGCUUGUGCUCACGACCAACGAAAGGCUUGACGAAUUUGAUGAGCAAGAGAAUAGACCAACAAUGACAAUCGAAGUGGAGACUGAAGACAAUUCCAUCUUUCAAUUGAAUGACAUUGGCCGUAAGGCCUCAACUGGAGGAUGGUUUGUGUCGGAGGGAGAGUCAGUUCUUCUUGCUCAUGAUGAUGGCUCAUGUUCCUUCUAUGAUAUUGCCAACUGUGAGGAAAAGGCUGAAUACAAGCCUCCAGUUGGAAUCUUGCCUAAUGCAUGGAGAGAUUGUUGGAUAAUCCGCGCACCUAGUGCAGAUGGUUGCUCUGGUAGAUAUGUUGUAGCUGCUUCGGCUGGGAAUGCAAUGGAGCCAGGUUUUUGCUCAUGGGAUUUCUAUACUAAGAAUGUGUGUGCCUUUCAUACUGAGAACGGGAGUUCUAAUACAAGAACGGCCCUUGGUCCUCUAUCAAAUAAUACUGUACACAGACGAAACACUUUGUCCAUUGUCAUGGCCCCAGAAAAUCGCCAAUGGUGGUAUAAACCUUGUGGGCCUCUUAUUAUCUCAACAGCCAGUUGCCAGAGGGCUGUGAGGAUCUACGAUGUCCGUGAUGGAGAGCAGAUCAUGAAAUGGGAUGUCCAGAAGCCGGUGUUAGCAAUGGAUUACUCGAGCCCUUUGCAAUGGAGAAAUAGGGGAAAGGUGGUUGUCGCAGAGGGAGAAACUAUUUCUUUAUGGGAUGUGAGCUCUCUCACUCCUCAGGCGUUGCUGUCUGUUUCUUCAUCUGGUCGAAAAAUUUCGGCACUUCAUGUUAACAACACUGAUGCUGAACUAGGCGGAGGAGUUAGGCAGAGAGUAAGUUCAUCUGAAGCAGAAGGACAUGAUGGCGUGUUCUGCACCCUUGAUUCAACUAAUGUAUUAGAUUUCCGCCACCCAUCUGGUGUAGGUGUUAAGAUACCUAAACAUGGUGUAGAUGUGCAGUCAGUUUUCUCUCGUGGAGAUUCCAUCUUUCUUGGGUGCACCAAAUUAAGGUCAGCAGGGAAAAUGCAGUCCUGCUCCCAGGUGCUACAAUUCUCGUUGCGCAAACAGAGGCUUCUCAACACUUAUGCAUUGCCAGAAUCAAAUGCUCACUUCCACCACACAGCCAUCACACAAGUUUGGGGAAAUUCAAACCUUGUUAUGGGAGUUUGUGGGCAGGGUCUAUUUGUUUUCGAUGCCUUGAAGGAUGAUGGACUGCAACCAUUCACCAUUGAUUAUGGGAACAUGCAAAAUGUUAGAGAGACUAUUGGACCAGAUGACUUGUACUCUCCUUCCUUUGAUUACAUGGCAUCUCGAGUUCUCCUCAUAUCAAGAGACCGUCCAGCACUGUCGAGGUUCUUGUCAUAGCCUCAUAGGUAUUAUAUAUGCUUAAGGACUUAUUUAUCAUGUUGUCCUGAGAACUGUUAGCAUGGUAAGCUUUGUUUUUUUGCCCUGUAACAUAUUGCUUGUUGUGUGUGACAAUAAAAUAAUUCCCUG